AUGGCAGGACGCGGGCGCGGUCGAGGCGCACCAGGCGUUCCGGGCCAAGUGAAGGGCGCAACCUGGGCUUUCGAUCCUACUCUCAAGCUCGAUUCUGCGCCUUCGGAGCUCUUUCCUCCUCAUCCUAACCUGCGCAGGCCCGCUCCUCUCACCGACCGCGAGAUACGCCAAAUCAUCGAGACGCGAAACCUCACGAAAAAGAUCCACCGCGGCCCCCUAUACACGAAAUCAACCAAGCGCGAUCUCAGCGGUAGCGUCAAGACCUUCAGCGAGGACCAGGUUAAUGCGCAAUUUGGCGGGAACGUAAAGGCGGAUAUGGAUCCGUUCACGGGUGUCGAGACGUACAGCAUGAGAUUUCUCCUCAAGAAGAAUGAAUUGCCUAAGCUGUCUGAUUGCCCCUUCCACAAGUCCCUCUUCCCCGAGGAUCUCUGGGCCACCCUCGAAGGCACCGAGGGCCUAGAGGCUCGUAAGCGCCUCGACCGCAUCCAGAAAAAGAAGGCUGCUCUGGCUAGUGGUAGCGGCGCAGUGGCUGGCGACAAGCUCAAUCGCUUAAACGACCGCAUCGAUAAGGCGACCGAAGGCAUCGACGAUGACGAGGAGCCAGACGAGGAGGACGAAGAUGCUAUGGUUGAUUCAGAGUUUGAUGACGAAGAUGGCGGUGAUUACGAUGCUGAGCAGUACUUUGAUGGUGGCGAUGGCGGGGAUGACGACGAUGAUGGUGGCAUUUGUUGGAUUCCGCUGCAGCGUGUCAGCGAGGCGUUGGGAAACGUUCUUAGAUAUUUAAACGAGGCUGAUCUGUACCGGCUCGUCGCACUAGAAGGCAUAUCAGGGGGGCGUUUGGUAACGGAAGGUAAUCAAAAUCGCAUAGACCAUAAUCCAAUGAUCGAAACCUCGAAAGUCAAAAUCGCUUCAAUUUCUAUAUCACAAUCGAACUUCGGCUUAUUCCGCUUGAAGCGUACUUAUAAGGGUGACUACUUGGUAGAAGUCCAAAAAUAA